AUGGUGGGAAAAUCGACUGACAUUGAAAACUCUGGAAAUGAAGAGAGACAGACCAAAGCCUCAGACAACAGGCGAACGACGGGAGAGAUGAGUACUGUUGAAAGGCUUGUGAUUGCCUCCUCUCACAAUCACAUGGAGCUGCUAGCUGCUGUCUCUAACUUCAGGCUGCAGUUGCUGAUGGGAAUGAUAAAGCUGGUGAGCACUGGUUCAUCUGGGUCUAAGGGCGGAGGUUUCCUGGACCAUGCCGAUAGGGGGCAGCUGAACUGGAGACGGAUGUGGCACUUUGCCAUGUCUGUAUUCCUGAUAGAGCUGUACGGACACAAUCUCCUCCUAACGGCAGUGUUUGGCUUAGCGGUGGCUGGCUCCGUGUUAAUAUUUGGGGUUUUAAUUGGUGACUGGAUCGACAGGAAACCAAGAAAUGAAGUUGCUCAUGCCUCGCUCUUCAUUCAGAACGCCUCUGGCACUGCCUGCUGUGUGGUCCUGAUGCUGGUGUUCUCCUACCAGAUGGAGAUGGAGCUAAUCUGGCAUGGCUGGCUCACCGUGGCUUGCUAUGCAGUGGUGAUCUCCCUGGCGGCUGUGACAAACCUGGCUGGCACCGCGCUUACUAUCACCAUUCAGAGGGACUGGAUUGUGAGCCUCACCAGGGACAACAGAGGCCAGCUGGCUGGGGUGAACGCAGCAAUGAGGCAGCUGGACCAGGUCAUCAGCAUAUUUACCCCCCUGUCCGUGGGCCAGGUGAUGGCAUGGGCAUCUCAUGUGAUUGGCUGUGGUUUCAUUCUCGGAUGGAACUUGGUUUCACUUCUUGUAGAGUUUCUAUUUCUGUCCAGGGUUUAUCAGCUAGUUCCCCAGUUGGCUGUCAAACCCCAGCGGUGCACAGCAGGGUGCUUCCUAGAGCGGCAGCGAAAGGCUACUCCAUUCAGAGAAGGUCCAGCGAGAGCAACGCCCCCGGGAUCGCAGGAUACAACCUGCGUCGCCUAUCUCGCCAUCUGGGAAGACAAAUUACUCCUUCCCAUCCUGCUUGUGAACACCUUCCCCAAAGCCCCUGAACUUGAGAGAGGCAAAUGUGUGGAGGAGUCUGGGCUACGCUUGGAGCAAGAUAAAAUAGUGUACCCCUGCAGCGAUUGUUUCAAAUUAGAAAGUCCUAAGCAUGUGGGGGUGAACAGGGACAAUGACGGUGAAACCGAGUUUUGGGGAACUAUGUAUAGAUUCACCAACAACUCCAGAACCCUGGAAAAACUGAAGGACCGCAAUUCUAGCCUUGAAGAACAACGGGCCACAACCAAAGGCCUUCUUCACUGCCUGCACGGCACGCGCAGGCUGCUCCAUACAUGCCGGGAGGGAUGGGAAACGUACUGCCGACAGACCGUCUUCCUGGCUGGCUUAGGUCUGGCUUUCCUCUACAUGACAGUUCUGGGGUUUGACUGCAUUACCACAGGCUAUGCCCACACCCAGGGCAUUGGAGGCUCCCUGCUCAGCAUCCUUACAGCCCUUUCAGCUGUGUCUGGCCUCACGGGAACGAUUCUCUUUACCCGGCUCCGGAAGCAUUAUGGCUUGGUCACCAGGGGAGUCAUUUCCAGUUGGCUCCACUUGGGCAGCCUAACACUCUGUGUGUUUUCCGUCUUUGCACCGGAAAGUCCUUUUGAUAUGGCUGCCUUCUACCUCCCAUUAAGCAAGAACUCCUCUUCGAACCAAGAGUUGCUAAAAGAUGACCAGGCACGUGUUUAUACCUUUAGAAGAAACCUAAACCAACCCAUCUUCCCAGACCGCUCUCCUAUUCACUGGACCAAUAAUACAGUCCUGUUUGAUGGCCAGCAGGACCCUGAACAGCCUGAGUCUUACAUGUCUAUCAUCUUGCUCUUCUCAGGUGUGAUCCUGGCAAGAAUCGGCCUCUGGUCCUUUGACCUCAGUGUGACUCAGCUUCUCCAGGAGAACAUUCCGGAAGCAGAGCGAGGGGCUGUGAAUGGUGUGCAGUGCUCUCUGAACUACCUCAUGGACCUCAUCCACUUUAUUCUGGUCAUGCUGGCCCCGAGGCCUCAGCAGUUUGGCAUGCUGGUGUUCCUCUCCAUGCUCUUUGUGGGCACGGGCCACGUGCUCUAUUUCUUCUAUUCGAGAAGGAGUAAGAAGGCAACUGGGAAAGGUGCCGAGAUACCCCCCACCUGAGAGAACUACAAGCUGCACGAGAUGAUUUGCACCAAGCGGUCCUGGCACCCUCGCCUCUCAGAUUCUACCACUGGAAAUGAUAGCGGCUUCCCUGCACAUCCUGCGCCCUCUGCUAAUUCACUCUUCCUUGAGGCUCCGCACGGUAAAACAGCAUCACUGUCCUAGUCCACCGUGGGCCAUUAUUUCUUUAUCUCCGUGGCUACUGAUUUUGUUUUGUGUCUUAGACCAGUGUUGUCUAAUAGAAAUAGAAUACAAAUCAUAUUUGCCUAAUUUCAAACUGUAUUUCAUUUGACCCAAUGAC